UCAGUCGCCUCCGACCUCUCAUAGAUCAACCUAGCUCAGCGCAACUAACUAACGUUCGCCGAAGCCUUCCCUUCAGCAUGUAUAGCAAAGCUACUAUCGCCGCAUUGGCGACCCUGCUAGCCCUAGGCCACGCUCAACAGGUCGGCAAGGAAGACGCCGAAACUCACCCCAAGAUCACCUGGCAGAAAUGCACGGGUCCUGGCAAGUGCAGCAAUGUCAACGGUGAAGUCGUCAUCGACUCGAACUGGCGAUGGACGCACGUUGUCGAUGGAUAUCAGAACUGCUACGACGGGAACGAGUGGAACCAGACUGCUUGCCCGGAUGCUGAUACGUGCACUAAGAAUUGUGCGAUCGAAGGUGCUGAUUACUCCGGAACAUACGGAGUAACAACCUCUGGUAACGCCGUGACGAUGAAGUUCCGAAAUGAACACCAGUAUGGAGUUAACAUUGGUUCUCGUCUAUACCUCAUGAACGGUGCUGAUAAGUAUCAAAUGUUCACUCCCAACGGCAACGAAAUCGCGUUCGAUGUCGAGAACGCCGACCUAGGCUGUGGUCUUAAUGGCGCCGUGUAUUUCGUGUCUAUGGACGAGGAUGGUGGAAAGUCUCGUUACCCGACUAACAAGGCUGGCGCUAAAUAUGGUACUGGAUAUUGCGACUCGCAAUGUGCCCGAGAUUUAAAAUGGGUUGGAGGCAAGGCAAACGUCGAGGGGUGGCAACCAUCUAAUACAGACAAGAGCUCUGGCAUCGGAAAUGCGGGAGCCUGCUGUACUGAAAUGGAUUUAUGGGAGGCUAAUAGUAUGUCUUUCGCAUUGACUCCUCAUCCGUGCAAAAAGGAUGGAUACUUCGUCUGCCAUAGCUCUGAUUGCGGUGGCACAUACUCUGAAGACCGAUAUGCGGGCAGCUGUGACCCCGAUGGUUGUGACUUGAACCCUUUCCGCCACGGCAACACCAACUUCUAUGGCAAGGGAAAGACUGUUGAUACCUCAAAGAAGUUCACUGUUGUCACCCAGUUCCACGGUUCUGGCACAUCUCUUCAAAGCCUGUCCCAGUACUUCAUCCAAAACGGCAAGAAGAUUGAGGUGCCUAAGUCUAAGUAUGUCUCUGGCGGUAGCACGAUCGAUGCCGGAUUCUGUGAUGCUUCUAAGAACGUCUUCAAGGACAACAAGCGAUUCCAGGACAUGGGUGGAUUGACGACGAUGGGUAAGUCUACCGGCAAGCCCAUGGUUCUAGUCAUGUCCGUCUGGGAUGAUGCCUACGCCAACAUGCUAUGGCUCGACGGCGAGAAAUAUCCUCUUGAUCGUUCCGCAUCGGAGCCUGGUGUCCCCCGUGGCGAAUGUGCUGUCGAUGGCAGCAAGCCUGAGCAGGUCCGUGAGAGAUCCAAGAACGCCAAGGUUACUUAUAGUAACUUCAAGUUCGGUCCCAUUGGCUCGACUUACAAUCUUUAAAUGGAAAUGGGGGCUUUCCUGCUUGCUUUACAACAGCCACUAUGAACUACAUAAGCUGGCAAGAAAAUAGUAUGAAAAAGUAAAUAUAUUUCAUCAACACAACUUAAUAUGCCCAAGUAUUGAGCUUAUAUGCUUAUAUGACUGGAUAUCCUUGGUUAUGGCAAUAGCACAACUUGCGCCACGUAGAUGAAUACGGGCCAUUCUGGGCUAGAUGAUGAACGACGGUAACUGCAACAAGACACUGGACGUAGGCUAGGUUACCACCUUCAUUGGAUUCGAUAUGAAGAUAGAUUGAAAAAUUUGAUGUCGGUGAGCGUCGUUAAAUGGAUAUACACCUGGCUCCGUAGCAACGGUGUCGAAUACAACAAGCUAACGACGGGGCGAAUAACAAGGGGCAUCACAAACUCGGUGGUUCUUUCAGCCUUCGCCUUAAUGGAAAAUUCUUUUUUCCCACUGGUGGAGUUGCGGCAAGCUGCGGCUUAUAAAAUAAAGUGGACCAGACAUAGACCGAGACAAAGUGAAGACAAAAAUAGUUGGUUAAUGUGGAUUAGAUGAUGAAGAGCUGAGUUCCAAGGUUGACUAAGGAAGAAAAAAAAAAGAUGGUGAAAAUAUUUCCAGGUUGACUCAAGUGGGGCCUCCAUCAAGGUUAGCUGGGUUGGGGGGUUAGACUCUGAAAGCACCUGCAUUAAAAUGGGUCCGGCGAACCCCGCCGGAUUAUUGGGGAAAAUGAUUUUUCCUGUGUUCCA